AUGAAAAUUGAUCAAUCGAAAUUAGAAAAAUAUCUACCAGAACCACCGGUUAAUUGUAAAUUAUUUAUUGAUAAAUUAAAAAGUUGUGAUCGGCAAGAACUUCAUGAGCUAUUAAAAUCAAUAACUAUUUGGCAUAUUGGAACAUGUGUACUAUAUGAUUGGAUUGAUGUAUUAGAUUUAUUCGAUUCAAUUCUAGAAGAAGCUUGUAUUCAAAGUGGAACAUGGAUGCUCAAUUGUGACAAACUAGAAAAUGAAGAGUUGAAAUUAUUAAUAGUGGAUAUUCUUCAUUUUACAACCUUAUUAAUUGAACAUUCAUAUUCACGCCAUAUAUAUAAUUCAAUUGAAUAUUUAAUUAUAUUAUUACAAUCAUCUGAUUUAAAUAUUGUAUGUGGUGUUUUAUCACUUUUAUAUGUAUUUAGUAAACGUUCAAAUUUUAUAACAAGACUUAAAAUUGAUAACAAACAAGCAUUGAUUUAUCGACUUAGUUUCUUAGCUGAAACGUGGGGUGGUCGAGAAAAUGGUUUCGAUUUAGUUCGUUGCUGUAGUAUUCAAAAUUCAUCAAAUUUUCCUGAAUAUGUAACAAAUUUUCAUUUUUCGUAUACAAUUCCAUCUGAAUCAAUAUCAAAACAAAUUGAUAUAUUAAAUGUUUAUAUGGUUGGAUCAAAUGCAUCUUCUGUAAUGGAAAUGAUUCUUGAUGAACAUCAAUUAUCUGAAGACAAACAAAUAAAAUUAUUUACAAAUCUUCGUUUAGUUUAUUCAUUUUCAUUAUUUAAUCAACGUUUAUUAUGUAUUCAAGCUCGUUUACAAGCUUUAUCUAUUCUUAUUUAUUCUGUUGCAAUAGAAGAAACAAAUAAUAUUUUAUAUGAUGGUUUAAUUGAAGAACUUGUUGAAAUAUUAAAUAUUCAAAAUCCAAUAUUAACAGAUAUUAAAGUAUCAGCAUUAAAAACUUUAACUUCAAUGAUUUAUCUUAAAAAUACAAUAAAAUAUUCAUCAUAUUUAGAAGAAAUCAUUAAAGUAACACAAAUUAAUUCAUAUCAUGGAUUUUUACCAACAUUUGUACGAGAAUGUAUUGAGAAAUUAACUAAUGAUAAUAACGAUCGAUUUCCACAAUCAUUAUCAAUUGAAUUAUUGUCUUUUCUAUAUCAUUUAGCAAAAGAUGAAAAAAGUGGUCAAGCUUUGGUUAAUUGUGAUAUAACACAAUCAUUCAUAAAAAUUAUUAAUUAUUAUGAUAACUCUCAAGAUUUUCUUAUGUUGAUUACACGAGCUAUACGUAUUAUUGAUUUAAUAACAACAUUAGAUAUGACUUCAUUUCAAACAAAUAAUGGUUUACAAGUAUUUAUUAAUCGUUUCCAAUAUGAAAUAACUCAAUGUAAAAAAGAACAACCAUUUAUAAUUGAUAUAUCAGACAUUAACCAAGAAACAACAUCAACAAUAAUUGAUAUACAAUCUCCAAUAUCAUCAAUUUCACAAUCAAAAUGUUAUCAUCAACGUAUUGCAUUACUUAAAUCGAUAUUAAAUUAUUUUAAAAAAUCCUUUACUGAACCAGAAAUGUUUAAAAUAACACAUGAUAUAAUGAAUGAUUCAUUAUUAAAUUCCUUCAAACAUAUAAUAAGUAAUGUUGAAUAUUAUGGUUCAUCAUUAUUUCAUUUAACAAUACAUAUAAUGAUAUCAUUUAUAUUUCAAAAUCCAUUAAAAUUAUCAUUAUUACAAGAUAAUGGUUUAGCUGAUAUAUUAAUGUAUGUACUUUUAAAAAAAGAUUUACCAAUUUCAAAAGAUAUUAUAGAAUCUUUACCAAAUAUAUUUUCUGGACUAUGUCUAAAUAAACAUGGUUUAGAUAAUUUUAUUAAAUUUAAACCAUUUGAUAAAUUAUUUGAGAUUUUUUUAUUACCGAAAUAUUUACCAAUUAUGAUAAAACGACAUGAUAAUAAUACAUCAUUAAUUUUUGGAAAUUCUAUUGAUGAAUUAAUAAGACAUCAAAUUAUUUUACGUUAUCCAGUAAUAAUAUCAAUAAUUAUUUUAAUUGAAAAACUUGUUGAAUUGGGUAACAAUGACAACUCAAAUCUAUCAACAACAAAUGUUCGAAUAUCUAUACCAUUAGUUGAUUAUAUAACAAAUAUAACGUGCUUAAUCGAAGGUGUUAUUAAUAAUAAUCUAACCGAUGAUCAUGGAAGAGAAUUUGUUAGAUUAGGUGGUUUAAAACCUUUAUUUGAGAUUUUACAAAUGAAAUAUUUACCAGUUGAUUUUCCAUCAAGUCAAGCUUGUCAAUCUGUUAUUGCACUUUGUAAAUCAAUACUCACUCUUUCAAUUAAAGCUGAUAAUCUAAUUGAAAUGGUUAUAACAAAUCUUGAUACAAUAUUAAUUUCUUUAACAGAUUUUUACUCAAAUCGUAAUUACGAUAGUUCAUUAUUAAUAGAAGAAUUAUCUCGUUCUAUAUCAUUAUCAUCAUCAACAACAAUACUUCAUAAAUUAUCAAUAGUUCAUUCGCAUAUAUCAUUAUUAAUAUCAUUCUGUAAAAUAAGUAAGAAUGCAGUACGUAAUUUGUUAAUUAAUUUUUUGAGUAAUGAAAUCGGUAUACGUAUAUUAAAAAAUUUAAAUAAAUUAUGUUUAACAUUAAUAUAUGAAAAAUCCAUAUUCUUAUCUUUAUGUUCAUUUGAAACAAAUAUAAUUGAAAAUGAUUUAACAACAAAUGAAAUAUUUAUUAAAACACUAAAACCAUUAUUAUAUGUUUCAUCUAAACUUAGUCAAGCAUUAAGUGAAUUUUACAAUUUACUUGCUAAACAAUGUGCAACAUCACAAAUGAAGCCAAUUAGCAGAUGUUUUAAUCAACAAUCAUUUGUUUAUACACCAACCAAAGCUGCAACACUUGUUGCAUCAAUAUUAAUAGAAGUAUUAAAAGAUGGAUUAUUAUUUAAUUUAUCAACAAAUACAAAUUUAACAGAAAAUCAAAUUGAAAAAUUUCGUUUAACAUUUUUUAUUUGUACAAUUGGUUUUGCUAUUCCAAUGUUAUUUGAUAAACAUCAUCGUCCUUAUAUGUUAAUGUUACAACAAUUUGAAUUAUCUAAGACUCAAGAUGCAUUAUUUUCUGCUCUUGAAUGGACACUUAAUUUAAUAAAUCGUCAAUCAUUAAUAACAAAUAAUCAACAAAAUACAAAUGAUUCGUUAUCAAUUGAAUUUCUUAAUUCAGCAUUUAUAUUUAUAUUACAUUUAGUUAAUGUUAAAUCAAUUCUUGAAUCUCCAUAUUCAAUAUCAAAAAAAUCUCAAACAGAACAAAAUGAUAACAUUUCAUUUAAUCCAUUAGAUUAUUUAAUCUUAACACAUAAACAUACAUUUCAUCUAUUAACAAAUUCAUGUUCUAUAUUAUGGGAUAAACCAUAUUUAUUAAAAGAUCAUGCAACUAAAAUAAUUAAUAAUAUAUUAUCAAUAUUGUCUCAUAUAUUAAGUGGUGAAACACAAAUACAAAAACAAAUUCAAGAAGAAGAAGAACAACAACAACAAACAUUUGUUUCAUUAGAAUUUUUUGAUAAUUUUAUUAAUUCAAUUAUAUUAAAAAUUCUUGAUAAAUUACCUGAUACUAUAUAUAAAAUAUCUGAAUUAAUUCUAACAAUAAUUCAUCAUAAUGAUAUUAAAUGGUGUGAAAAUUUUCUUGAAAUAAUUUUCAAUGACAUAAAAACAAAUUAUUUAUUAUUAAUUGAUUUAUUAAAUCAACAAAUUUUUUUAAAUAAUCAUCAAAAUUCGCUUUUAUUUAAUCGAAUAUUAUUAAUUUUAUUAUUAUUUAAAGAAAUUCCAUUUCCAUGUUUACGAAUAACAAAAAAAUAUUCUUUAAUUAAUUAUUUUUCUAUAUUAAUUCAUCAUACAACUAAAUAUUUAAUUCAAUUCAAUCAAAAAAUCUCUCCUAAAUGGUUAACAUUAAUAUUUCUAUAUAUUGAUUUAUAUGAAAAUAUUUCUUUAAUAACAAAAAAUCGUUCAAUUAUAAAUGAAAAUUCAAAUCAUAUAUGGCAAUGGUUUGAUGAAAAUCUCCUUAAAUGGACUAAUUAUCCAUUGGAACAAAAUAAACAAAUCAAUAAUGCAUAUUUUAAUGGUAAUUCAUCAUGUAAAAUAAUCAUGAAAAAUCAAAAUUAUCUUAUAGAAUUUAAUAAAAUGUUACAAAUAAAUGAAAAUACGCAUAAUGAACAACCAAUUAUGCUAACAUUUGAUAAAUCAAUAAUAAAAAUAAAUACAAAUGAAUUAUUAUCUGACGAACAAGCAUUUAUAUUAAUAAAUAAUUGUGUAGAUUUAAUUCGUACGUUAGUUGAUUCUGAUACAAUUCAUGCAGUGUUACGUCUUAUAUUACGUUUAACACGUAAUUAUAAAUAUGUUCAGCAAUUUGUAGAAAAAGGUGGAAUAAAAGCAAUUUUAAAUUUAACAGAAAUAUCAGUAUUUCAAGGUUAUACAUCAUUAAUUAUAUUAAUAUUUCGUCAUAUUAUGGAAGAUAAGAAGAAUUUAUGUUUAACUAUGAAAAAAUCAAUACGUCAAGCAUUAAUAGAUAAUCAUAAUGUACAAUAUGAUUCACAUGAAUUUAAUUUAAUUUUACGCAAACUUAGUCCAGCUAUAGUACGUUCAUCAGAUAUAUUUCUAGAAGUUAUAUCGAAUGUUUUACAAUUAUUACCAACAUCAUUUAUGACGGAAAAUGAAUAUUAUACACAAACAAAUAUUCAAAUGAAUUCAUUAAUUUUACAAGUACGACCAGAAACAAAUCAAAUAACUAAUUAUGAUCAAAUUGGAGAAUUAGCUGAACAUUUAUUAGAUGAUUUGCUUAACUUUCUUUUAAUAAAUGAUGAUAAUAAUAUAAAACGUUUAUUAACAAAAUCAACUAUCUUAUAUAUAUUAUCUGAAUUAAUAAAUUCAUAUUCAAAUAUGGACAAAUUUCUAUCAACAAAAACAUUUCUAUUAGAAAAUAAUCAAACAUGUUCAUUAUUAUCAUAUAUAUUUGAUUAUUUAUUAUUAAAUAUAAAUAAUCAAUAUGAUAAAAAUAUAACAAAAUUUUCUGAAUUAUUUCUUAUUACACUAGCGAAAUCUAAUCAUUAUUUUGAAUCUCAAAAUAAUUUAAUUAAUCAAAUUAAAAUAUCAUUAAAUAAAAUAUUAAAUUUACCUGAAUCUAAUGAAAAAUAUAUUAAAAUUCAAACAUUAAUUAAUUUUAUAAAUAAAUUAAUGGAAUCAUGUUCAAUAUCAAAAUUAAUUAUUAAUAAUAAUACAAUUAAUUUAAUAUAUAAACAUAAUUUAAUUAAUGAUUUAACUAAAAUAAUUCAUUAUAUUCAAAUCUCAAAUCCAAAAUUAAUUGAUACAAUUAAUCUUAUACUUAAAUCAAUCGAAACAUUAUCAAAUAUUAUUAAUUACUUAAAAUCAUUACAUAAAUCAGAUAUUUCACAUAAUCUUAAUGUUCAUUUAACAGAUCAAACGUCAUUAAAUGAACAAUCUGAUGAUGAAAAUAAUGAUGAAAAAAUUCAUCAACCAUCAAAUGAUUUAAUAUCUAAUUUUCAAGAUAUUCGAAUUUCUACGACUGAUUUUCUAUCAACUAAUAGUACAGUUAAUUCAUCAUUUCCAUCAAUGAAUAUUUCUAUUUUACAUCCAUUACUUGUUCCUCCUAAUGACAAUCAAUUAAAUUCCAAUACUUUUUCACCAUUUCAUCAAUUAGAUAGUAUACUUAUUAGAAAUGAUAUUGUUGAUUCGAAAUCAUUAAAAUGUUUACCUGAUCAAACAGCAAAUAAAAAUCUAUAUAAAAGACAUACAACAUUAUCACGUUGGAUAGAAGAAAGUAUCAUACUUGAUGGAUCAUAUGUACAUGAUAUUGUUUUUAUAUUAAAAUCAAAAAUAAUUAAAUUAUUAGAAAAACAAGAUGAAGAAUAUAAAAAUCAUACAGAAAAUAUAAAUAAUAAAACAUCAAUAAUAGAUAUAUAUGAUAAACAAUUACUGGAUUAUGAAUCAAUAUGUUGUUUACUUGUUUUAUUAUUUAUUAAUGAUACACAUUUAAAUUUUCAUUGUUUACAAAAUAUUAUUAAAAAUUUAUGUUAUCAUAAACAUACAAGACAAUGGAUUAUAAAAUCAUUAUUAUCAAUUAUUAAUAAAUCUACUGGACGUAUAGAAUAUGAUGAAUCAAUAUUUCAAUCAGAAAUUAAAAAUCUAAAUUCAUUAUGGUUAAAUAUUUAUUAUGAAAAUGCAUUUGGUAUGCAUAAAAAUCUUUUUAAAAUUGAAUAUGAUAAUUUAAUAGAAAUAUUUAUUGAUGAAAAAUUAUGUUCUAUGAUUUGUUGUCAAGUAUUUGAUUUAUUAAUUUUAUUAUAUAAAUAUUUUCCUGAAGAAUUUCUUUUCUUACCAUUAAAUAAUAAUCAACAAAUUGUUGUAUCAUUUUGGGAAUUAAUUUAUAAAUUAAAUCAAUCAUUUAAUAAUUAUUCAAAUAUAAAUAAUAAUAAUAAUAAUAAUAAUAAUGAAAUUAAUUUUCAAUCAUCACCAUUAGAUAUUUUAUUACUUAUGUUUAAACAUCCAAUAUUAAAUAAGAAUAAAAAAUUGAUUGAUAAAUUAUUUAAACUUCUUUCAUUAAUAUCACAAACUCUUACCAAAAGAAAAUAUAUUUCAUCAUUAAAAUUUAUUAAAACAACAAAUAAUUCUCAACAAGAAAAUAAUAAAAUAAUUCUGUCCGAUAAUAAAGUUUUUUUAGAUAAUCUAUUAGAUUUAUUUAUUAAAACAUUAAUAUCAAAAUCAUGUACUGAAUAUGGCCUAGAAUUUGCAAAUUUAUUUUUAUUAAAUAUAUCCAAAAUAAAUCAAGUUACUAAAGAUAAAGUUCUACAUUUAUUAAUUAAUGGUAUUCAUUUAUUAAGCAAAGAUGUUAACGAAGAAUUUAAACAAUUACAUUUGGAAAUUGAAGAUUAUUUAUCAAAAACUAAAUCAAAUACAACAAUAAAUGAUGAUAAACCAUUUGAUGAAUCUGUUAAAUUAUUUGAUUUAUACAAAGCAAUUCCAUUGAUGAAUAAUGAUUUAAAUACUAAACAAAAAUAUUUACAAUUACCAUCUAUAAUUGCAUUAACAUCUAAAACUGGAAAUCAACAAUUUUUAUUACAUAUUCUUAAACUAAUUAUUCAAUUAAAUGAAGAAACAAAAAAAGAACAAAUUGAUAUUCAAUCACAUUUUGAAACUGAACUUUCUACAUUAACACAAAGUCUUGAAACAUUACGUUUAUCUCUUUCAUCAAAUAAUAAUAAUCAACAAAAUGAUAUUCUUCAAUCAAUAAAUGAAUUAAAUAAUCGUGUUGAACAAAUAUGUAUAAAUUUACAAACAAUACUAAAUUCAAAUACAAUUGAACAACAUCACGAGAAAAUAAUAAAUGAAAUUCAUGAUAUUUAUCAUUUAAUUCAACAAAUUGAACCAUCUAAACAGUUUUUAUCAUUUCAACAAACAAAAUUAAAUGAUUUAUUAAAUCUAAAUCAAUUAUGGGAUUCAUUAAAUGAUUAUUUAUUAUCAUUAUCUAAAUUAUCAGAUUCACAUGCUGUUUUAAUUAUUCAACCAAUUGUUGAAGUAUUCUUUCUUAUUCAUACUGUUGAUUUGAAGAAAAAAGAUCGUGAAACAUCAAAAUCUUCAUCACAUUUAGAAUGUUUUGGUCCAACAUCAAAAUUUAUUGAAUUUGUUCAUAAACAUCGUAUUGUGUUAAAUCAAAUAUUACGCCAAAGUAAACAACAUUUAAAUGAAGGACCAUUUAAUAUAUUAAUCAAUUAUCUAUCAUUACUUGAUUUUGAUAUUAAAAGAAAAUAUUUUAAUUAUGAACUUGAUCGUUUAAAAGAAAAUCAAAAUGAUAAAUAUUUAACUAUACAUAUUAAACGUAAUAAUGUAUUUGAAGAUUCAUAUAAAGAAUUAAGUCAAUAUUCAUCACAAGAUUGGAAAUAUAAAUUUCAUAUUAUAUUUGAUGAUGAAGAAGGACAAGAUGCUGAUGAUAUUUUAAAUGAAUGGUAUUCAAUAAUCUCAAAUUCAAUAUUAGAUCCAAAUCAUGGUUUAUUUAUGAAAACUACAGGUGAUCAUAUUACAUAUAUGCCAAAUCCUUUAUCAUAUUAUAAUAAAAAUUAUUUAGAAUAUUUUAAAUUUAUUGGACAUUUUAUAGGCAAAAUUAUAUUUGAUAAGAAAUAUAUGAAUUGUUAUUUUACACAUACAUUUUAUAAAUAUAUUAUUGAUAAACCUAUAGAUUAUACAGAUAUGAAAUUAAUUGAUUUAGAAUUUUAUAAAAAAUUAGUUAGAUUAUUAGAAAAUGAUAUACAACAAUUAGGUUUAAAUUUAACAUUUUCAUUAGAUGUUAAUGAAUUUGGUGUUAAUAAAACUAUUGAAUUGAUAGAAAAUGGUUCAAAUAUUAAAGUUACAAAUGAAAAUAAAUCUGAAUAUAUAAGAUUUGUUUGCCAAGAAAAUAUAACUGGAUCUAUUAAACAACAAAUUAAUUCAUUUUUAGAAGGUUUUCAUGAAAUCAUUCCAAAAAAUUUAAUAUCAAUAUUUAAUGAACAAGAAUUACAAUUAUUAAUAUCAGAUUUACCUCAUGUUGAUGUUGAAGAUCUUAAACCAAAUAAUUAG